CUUGCAAGUUGCAAGUCAUUCUCCAUUCUUUAAAUUUUCUAGCAAGUCAAUCUCCAUAGUUUCUUGUUUCUGUCCACUGAGACUGAGCACGAGGGCCGGCGGAAUGGAAGGUUCAUCAUCGUUAUGGGGAUACGGCUCAGUAUCAGGGUCGAAGACGAAGGAAAUGAUAGAACAAGCGAAGGAGGAGUUGCAAAUUUUGGAAGCUCAACAACCAGAUAAUUUUAACUACUUGAAGGAUGAACUUAAAUCCUUCAUCUCCCGCUUGGAGUCACAAAGCUUGCCUCUUCCUUCCGGUCAUGACAACUACAAGAACUCAACUGGUUACUCAAAUAUUUCCUCCGCCUCAACUCGGGAGUCAUCAGCUUGCAAGAAGAGGAAGAAAGAAGAUUCUCUGGAGGAUGAGAAUAUUGAAGGACCAAAACGGAAAUCUCAAAGGGUUGCUGGGGAUGGCUGCAGCGAAAGAAGGAACAGGAUUGAUCUGGCCAUUGAGAGGGCUCGAGAAUGUCUUGAAAAAAUUCAACGGUUCAAAACCAGCUUUUGUUGAUUUCGUUCACCAUCUUAUUUACGUAAUCACGACUUGCAUUGAUAUUUGGUUUCACGAGGACUGGUGGAGUGGUGAUUCUCAAGCUCGUGAUAAAAAUGUCGAAACUGAAAUUCACUUCAAAAUUAGCCUCGUUCAUGCCACUUAAUGGCAAAAAAAAAAAUUUUGUUUUUUGGUAUGCAGUUUUUAAUGUAAUGAAUGAGGCUAAUUAGAGUGAAAUUAUAUGUUAAAAAAAGUACAUCAAUGUUUUAAAUAAAAACAAACAUUGGGUCGA